CCAUCAUGAAGUCUGGAAAGUGACAAGUUUGACCCUUGAUUGUGAUAUCGUUUAUCUUGGAUGACAUCAAGUUCUAGGCUUCUUUUGCCUCGUUGCUGUGCCUCGUGAUUCAAAGUCUACGAGUCGUACGGCUCAGUCUUUCGAAGACGGCUAUAAAGCUCCCGGUUCCAAUCAGUGGCUGAGGAAAUGUUUGAAGCCUCAAGACAUUAAACCAAAGCCUCUUUCUCUCUCUUUGCCUCGGAUAUUCUCUCUUCCUUCUCAGAGGUUGAGUUAUAAACAUCGUCUAAUCACAAACAUUAUCGAGUCAUAGAAGUCCAGGAUCCAGACAACUAGAUCUACCUCACCAAGCCAUCCAUCAUGGCGUCCUCAAUCACCGAGAAGCACACUCCCCAACAAACCACAAUCCAAAUCCCAGAUUUCCUAGCAGACUGGCGCCAAACCGCAAGCUGGCCAUCCCCUUACCCCCCAAACCGCCACCCAGACUCCGACUACAUCAAGUCUGAAUCCGAAAACUGGCUACGACGCUAUUCCUGCUCCACCUCCACCACUAAGCCUAAGCCCAAGUCCAUCAACAAGGGCAUCAACGACCUCUUCAUCUCCAAAAUCAUCGCCGGCGAUUUCCCCGAGAUAGCAUGCCUCAUCUACGCCCACCAACCCACGCGCCACGUCCUCCUCGCCGCGCUCGUCAUGCUCCACUUCUUUGUCAUUGACGAGUUUACGGAUAACGUCGAGGAUACGGUGGACGGCGAGCGGCAGGUGAGGAGGCAGUCUGCUGCCAUGGUCCACGCGUUUCGGCAUCCCGAGGAGAUUGAGGUCUCGGCCACGACGGGGGAAGAUGAAGAGUGGGUGGGCGUCCGGAUGGCGGCCGACAUUGCGAUACGCUACCGCAGCGACGCGGUAGGCGGCACAUCCGACUCGUGGGAUUUCUUUGUGGAUAGUUUCGCAGAGUACCUCGACGGCGUGGGCGACGAGGUGGCGCUCCGGAGGAAGGUGGACGGGAAGGGCAAAGAGUGCGUGCCGAGUCGGGAGGGGUACAUUGCCGUUCGGCGCCUUACGAUCGGUGUCUUGCCGGGGAUGGCGCUCCUCCUCAUUGACCGCGCGAUCCGCCCCAACUUUUGGCAGAUUCCAGCCGUGGACUCGCUGCUGCGUCUCUGCGUCGACAUCAUUAUCAACCAGAACGAUAUCUACAGCUUCGAUAAAGAGCAGGCCAAGGGGGAGGACGGACAUAAUGGUGUAAGGGUCCUCGUGGAGGAGGACGGGGUUGGUGUGCAGGAGGCCAUGACGAAGUUGGGACAGGAGACAAAAGUACUAGUGAGGGAAUUCGUGGGCUUGGUUGAGGAUGGCCCGGCGUUGGAGGACGAGGUUGAUGAUACGAAUUUGAGAAUCUUGCGGGACGGGUGCGUUUCGUGGAUCUUGGGGAUGGAGGUUUGGUCUACGCUGGUUACGAAGCGGUAUGGGAUGCAGAGGUUGGAUGAGGAGAGGAGGUAUACGCCUACAGCGAAGAAAGGAAAGACACUGGUGAAAGAGCAGCAGAAGCAGCAAAAGGAGCAAAAGCAACAGGCUCAGGAGGCUCCACUGGCUCGGGAGGGUAUGAUGAGUUUGAUGAGAAAGUUGCCGGGAGAUUUGAUGUCUCUACUGAGGAGGAUUCUUGGUAUGUAGAGCGAUCUGACGUUAUUGGUUGGUGUUGUGAUGUAAAAGAAUUGGCCUGUCUAGAAAAGCUUAGUUUAGUGUAUAUGAUCUUCGUCAUUGAAUGGUAUUUGAGAGAUGACAAGAGCUCAGCCCCAGCCUCAGAUCUAGAGACAAGACUCGGUCCGGAUCAAAACCACCACACAAGGGCGGAGCCAGCGCCACACCCGUCACACACGUGAUACACACGCCCAGAUCUCACGCGACGAUGAAAGAAGUUCUUCUUAGGUAUAUAUGUCUUGAAUGAAUUGAGAAAUAAAAACUUAUGGGGUAUCGAGUUUGUAUGACUGACACAAAAAGGCCUAGGCCGAAACGACGGGAACACCAACACGAUGGACACAAAGGCACACACACACACACACACACAAAACAGCCCUCUCCCGAAGUCUCACUCCAGCUCAGCAACAA